AAAAAAAUGUCUUUUACAAAUCAAAACGAUGGAUCCUCCCUAUUCAGUCGUCUCACUCAUGUCUCUUUCCCAUCCUCGUCCGAACCAAAGAGGAGCUCAUCAUUGUCGUCGUCGUCGUCGUCGUCGUCGACCACAACCACUUCGACCUCUGCAAAGUUAUCCACGCCGAACAGACAACAAAACCAUCAGAGGGCCAGAUACUCCAAAGACGGUCAAGGUUUCGACUUUACAUCGACAUACCCUUACUCUUGUGAUGAUAGACACAACACCAACGCCGUGAACAACGGAGGUGCUGAUAUUGUCGAUAUGGAUCUUUCAGGACAGAUCUUGGGGCUUCGCAAUCUCAACCUUCGAUACGCAAAGGAUGGUAAAGGUCAUGACUUGACUACGAGUUACCAUUACUACGACAACAACAACAACAACACACCAUUGUCGACCGAGGCAACCCCCAACGAUUGUUGAAACCGUGAAUCUUAGGUAUGCAAAAGAUGG